AUGCUAGCUGGAGCAACUCCUGAAUGUUUUGAGAACAACGAACAUCAUUUAAAAUAACGUGUUUGGUUUUACACGAGGCGUCUGAACAGCCGUCCUGGAAUAACAACUUUAUUCAUCAUGAUCCUCUGAUGCUGAACUUCUGCUGCGCUAAACCUUUGUGUGUCUGCGGGUUCAUGCUAACGGCUAACGGGAAAGCUAGCUGGUCAGCUGACUCCCUCACGUGACCGCCUCCGGCUCAGCUGCUGUUUCCUGGUGCUGCGGAGAGAAAUACUUCAGGAACCCGGUUUUCCACGGCCGACACCGUCAUGUCUCCGGUAGUUUACAGGUCCCUCGGGCCAGAGGAGGAUUCCUGAGCCACAGCUAACGAUGCCCAGAGCCCAGUGAGUCCAGAGAGACGCAGCCUCGCUUCGCUCCGCCGCCGAUGUGCUGUUCUCUCCAGUAGAGUUUUUUUUCGUCUUCACUUCCUCAAACAGCUUCCAAAAUGAAUCCAGAGGGGAAGAAGCUCCUGAACAUCAUCAUCCUGGGCUUCGGCUUCAUGUUUAUGUUCACUGCUUUUCAAACAUGUGGAAACAUAGAGCAAACGGUUCUAAAGAGCUUCAACAGCACCGAGUUCCACGGGAGCGGAUACACAAGCAUGGCCAUCAUCUAUGGAGUUUUCUCUGCGUCCAACCUCAUCGCUCCGUCAGUGGUGACCAUCGUUGGACCACAGCUCUCCAUGUUCUUCAGUGGGCUUCUGUACAGCGGCUACAUCGCUAUGUUCAUUUACCCGUACACGUGGAGCUUCUACACAGCGUCUGUGUUGGUUGGAGUAGGAGCAGCAGUGCUCUGGACGGCGCAGGGAAACGUGCUCACCAUCAACUCCACUGACAACACCAUCGGAAGAAACAGCGGCAUAUUCUGGGCUCUGCUGCAGUUCAGCUUGCUCUUUGGAAACCUCUACAUAUACUGUGCCUGGCAUGGACACGUUCACAUCACAGACAAAGACCGGCAGACGGUUUUCAUCUCUCUGACCGUGAUCAGCCUGGUGGGCUGCUUCCUCUUCUUUCUGAUCCGGAGGCCCGACCCCGAGUCGUCUCCCUCCGAGGUGCAGGCCGAGUCCACAGAGAGCUCCACUGAUACCUCACCUCACUCAGGCCUCUGCUCACAAGCUCUGGAUGCUUUCGUUCAAGCGUGUAAGAUAUUUGUCACCAAAGAGAUGCUGCUGCUGAGCUUCACCAUCGGAUACACAGGCUUGGAGCUCACUUUUUACAGCGGGGUGUACGGGACGUGUAUCGGCGCCAUGACAGGGUUUGGCAAAGAUGCAAAGAGUCUGAUUGGCAUCUCUGGGAUUUUCAUCGGCAUAGGGGAGAUCUUAGGAGGGGGCGUGUUUGGUAUGCUGAACAAGAGUAACCGGUUUGGGAGGAACCCUGUGGUGCUGCUGGGACUCAUCACUCACUUUGUGGCUUUUUACCUGAUUUUCCUGAACAUUGCCAGCGACGCUCCGCUGGCCCCGGAGGAGGGAACCGAUCUGCAGGCUUACAUCACCCCGAGCGUUGCCGUGGCGAUGCUCUGCAGCUUCCUGCUCGGUUUGGGCGACAGCUGCUUCAACACGCAGCUGCUCAGCAUCGUUGGCGUCAUGUUCCGUGACAACAGUGCUCCGGCCUUCGCUGUCUUCAAGUUCAUCCAGUCCAUCAUGGCCGCUCUAGCCUUCUUCUACAGUAACUACCUGCUGCUGCACUGGCAGCUGCUCCUCCUGGUCCUGUCGGGUUUUGUGGGCUCGAUGUCGUUCUUCGUGGCCGAGUGGAUGGCCGAGUCCCGCAGACGGGAAUCAGACUACGACAGCAUCUGAUCUGCUUCCGGUGAGGGUGAGGAGAGCACAGCUGGAAAUGUUUGGCUCUCUGCAGCCGGGCAGGAGGAAGGUAUCCUCACACAGACACUGUUUGGUUUUCACAGAGCCUGUCGAUCUGUGCUGCUGGAAAACCAAACAUUCCUCUUGAACCCAACAUUUAUCUGAACUGAAUCAAAAGACUCCAGAUGUAUCUCAUCAAGUUUCAGUCCCUGUUUUUCUUUUUGUGGACACAGUCUAAUAAUUAAUCUGGUGAAAUAUGAAAACACACGAUUGUCAUGAUGGGGAGAGGUUUGUUUAUCAAGCCCUUUUAACUGAGGCCUGUUCAGGAAUGAUUGGUAGUUUGACUGUUGGUGCCUGGACUGACUGGUCCUGAGGAGUAACACUGACUUUAUGAAGAACCAGCUGCAGGUUUGGAUGGUUUUCACCUGCAGCUGCUCUGAACUGACGAGUGGUGUUUUUCUAUCAUUUUCUUUUUCUCAAAAAAUCCCAUGAAAAGAGCGAAGCCGACAGUGAAGGUGUCGAACACGUCUCACAGCCGGAUUCCUCUCGACUCCACACGCUGCUAAAAACACAUCAGAGAGCUUCACUGUUAAACUGCUGACAUCAUCACUACGAACACACACACACUGUGGUUUAUUCUGACACAUGGCCACGAAAAAUACUAAAAUUAAACUAAAUACCUGUGAGGUGUUUUUAAAAAUGUAAGCGUGAUUGGAGAGCCGAGGUUAGUGCCCUUCUCUCGCCAAAGAAAGUGAACAUCCUGGAUUUGACCUUGUUUAUCCACAUCUGCUCCAAAUUCUUCCUUGGUUAUUGUCUCACCCCUCCACAAAAAGUCAUUAAAAAAAACACUUCUACUUUACCUUUUUAGUUUGGUCCAUGUCCCAUCUGCUAACAUGGAGGAGGCAGGUUCACGACCUGCCAGGGGGCGAUUGAGAUACUUUGGAGCUGUCAUGUCGUCCAUGUGGAUUUGGAGUCUGGUUUGACUGAGCUGGUUCUUUUUAGUCACACAUUGGUGUUUUUUUCUCUUUCAUGGGAUUUAAUAAAAGUUAAAAAUAGAAUAAUUCCUGAUCCUCACAAAAACAUGUUUGCUCGAAUCCAGCUUUGAAAGUCUCUCCUCCGUACGUCUGACACAAUAUUCUUCUUCCCUCUGAAGCUCAAGAGACACAAAGACUAAGAUUCAGUCCACGUGAGGCAGCCGUGUUGUGUUUCUACCGUUCGUCCUUCUUUUCCAGCUCCUGUCACAAAUAUCACAGUUUCAAUAUAACUUUAGCGACGUGACACCUGACGUGACUUUGGGCUUAAACACAUUUCAGCAUGACGAGCAGUUUCAAGAGGAACACGUUCAUGAUAACAACACGAUACAUCUUCCUGAAGGGAUUUACCAAACAAAACCUUAACUUUUAUCUGUAUGUUUUAUUUCACAUUGUCACAGAGCUGCUGACGCGGCUGCAGAUUCAGUCUUUUCUUUUUAAUCUCCAGCGUUGUACGAACAUUCCCCUCCAUCCUCUCUCCUUUCACUCUGAUGUGAUGCUGAACACGGGCGAGUCCACACGUCGUCUUGUCUAAUGUUGUGGUGCAAAAAACAACUGAUGCUGUAGUUUUUUUGUUCUUUCUUUAAAGUGUCAUUCUCUGAAUGACAGCACAUAUUGUGGGUAAUAGUCAAAUAAAACACGAGGCUUUGGGUUUGCACACGUUUUAUUUUAUGUCCCAAAUCAAAUCUCAAGGAUAUUAAGGGAACUGCAUGUGAACUUUGAAGAUGAUUUUAUACUUGAAUGUAAUAAUGACACCCCAACCUUCGCUUGCUUGUUUUUAUUAUCAAUAAAAUGUUAUUUUGAACAUAA